CCUUCUCUACAGAGCCGUUGCACCGAUGCUACAAACCGCACUCUUUUCCCAAAGGAAGGCUCAAAAGGUUCAUCCUUCCGGUUCGAUUUUUCCUGCGACUUGGAUCGACGAAAUCCAUUUCAUGGAGCCUCUAUUUUCUGGGUGAAUGGUUCAUGGACCCUGUUAAGAACCCCAUCUUCUGUCUCAAGUGGCCAUGGUAUCUCCCCUCUUCUCAAAAACCCAACCAGGAUAAUAAAGACCCUAAUGUAUGCGAACCCAGAACGCCGUUCCUCUUCAAACCCAUGCAAUUCAUUGGAAGUAUGGCCGUUAACCUUUUGAAUUCCUCUUUGAAAUCGCCCAUUAUAGCACAGAACCAUGCACUAUUCAAUGGGUUUUUACGACAAAAGGGAAGAGAGGAGAAGAACGGGUUGUCUGCCGAAGGACAGGGAGAGGCAGAGCUGAGGGCCUUGGCAAUGGCAUUGGCAAGAGGAAAGGAGGCCACUGUGAUAGAGUUUUACUCGCCCAAGUGUAGGCUCUGCCACUCUCUGUUGAAUUUGGUAUUGGAAAUGGAGAAUAGGAAUGGAGACUGGCUCUCCAUUGUUAUGGCUGAUGCUGAGAAUGAGAAAUGGCUUCCUGAGCUUCUUCAUUUUGAUAUCAAGUAUGUUCCUUGCUUUGUCCUCCUGGACAAGUAUGGCACGGCCAUAGCAAAGACUGGCGUUCCCACAAGUCGACUGCAUGUUGUUGCUGGCUUUUCUCACCUUCUUCGAAUAAAAUGCCCCCCCACCAAAAAUGUGCCUUGACUUAUAUCCAACUUUGAUAUUUUUGUUUAACGAAUUCAUUUUUAGUGAGAUAUAGGGAUGUGGACCAGUGUUGUUAUUCAUGAUCUUCACCAGCACAUUUACAUUGCAAGUUCUUGUUUAUGUGUUCGAUCGGACUGAAUGCAGUCCACAUUGGGAAUCGCCAAUCAUACCGGGAUAUGGUCGGCGCCGGUUCACUGCUA